AUGGCCACCAACAUGACAGAGCUCAUGGCUAUGCUCAGAGAUCAAAACCGGGCUUCGUCGAGCCACACUUCGCUUCCGGAGCACAGGCCAAUUAUCGAUCUGAACCUAGCAGUCCCUCCAACCUUUGCUUCGGAGGUUGAAGACGCAUCAUUCUCGGCAAUGGCAUAUGUGUCGGCAAUCCAUCUGGUCAGUGAUCUUCUACCACCACCACCUGCUCCUACAGCAGUUCCAUUACCACCAACAGCUUUCUUAUCCGCGGAUUCAACUAUGCAUGCAUUACCACCGCUAGCUAUGCCAGCCCAUCCUCCGAUUUACACUGUCCCGCCACCAACAGUCCCUCUAGUGAUAAGCGCUCAGGCUCCUGUUUCCACCAUGGACCACUUUCCUUUCCAAGCUCCACAACCCCAAAUAAGAUUCUCUUACCCAGCUCCACCACCUCUAAACAUUCCUCCUACUGAACCGGGCAUGCCUACUCAGGCAGCCCCUCCAGCUCCACUGAUAAACUUUCUCCCAGAAAACAGAGACGGAACAGGAGAGGAGAAUGAAGAAAAUGGAGGAGACCAUCAGAGCUCUCCAAGCGGGCAGUACCUGUUUUGA